AUGUCUCGUGGACCCUUUGUUGUUCCGGCUCUCAAGAAGCACACCGCCACCGUGAUCAUGGCUCACGGACUGGGCGAUAGCGGCGCAGGAUGGGUAUCCCUGGCUCACAAUUGGCGCCGACGGAACAUGUUUGACGAAGUGGAAUUUAUCUUUCCCAAUGCUCCUAUGAUCCCUAUCACAGUGAACUUCGGCAUGUCAAUGCCUGGAUGGUACGAUAUUACCAAGCUUGGUCGUGAUCUCGAUUUCCAAGAAGCCGUCAGGAACCAGGACGAAGCCGGUAUCCUCAAGUCCCGCGAUUACUUCAACACCUUGAUAAAAGAGCAAGUCGACAAGGGUAUCAAGCCCUCGCGCAUUGUCCUCGGUGGAUUUUCACAAGGAGGAGCCAUGUCUCUGUUCUCGGGAAUCACAAACCCGGAGAAGCUGGGUGGCGUGUUCGGCCUCUCGUGCUACAUGCUCCUUAGCGACCGCAUCAAGAACUACAUCCCUGAGAACUGGCCAAACAAGAAAACGCCUUUCUUUAUCGCACACGGCACCGAGGAUGAUGUUGUGCCGCACGAGUUUGGAAAGCAGUCGGCUGAGUUGGCUAAAGAGCUCGGCUUGGAAGAUGUUACAUUCAACUCUUACCCGUACCUCCAACACUCCGCAGACCCACUUGAGAUUGAAGAUUUGGAGAAAUUUCUCAAUAAGACGAUUCCCCCAGAGGACAAUGGAAACUUAUGA